AUGGAUUGUUUAACACGUCAACUGAGCAGCGAGCACGCGACUGGUCACGAGAAGACAGCCCGAUUGGUUAGGCCUUCACUUCGCGAGCAGGACGAGGAGGGACAGGACGUUCUGCAAGGGGAUGGAAUCAAGGAUGCCGGUGUUUGCCUUUAUAUGGGAGGUAAGAUACACGCACUGCUAUGUAGUAGUAGUGGAAUUCAGUAUUGGAUUGCCGAUGAUGAUGUUGGUGGUGCUAGUGCUCUGAUGUCACCGUUCUGGAUUGUAAUUCGUCAGCUUGCAGAAAUUGAAGCAAUGGGUACGUCAAAAAAGGUGAUUACAAGAGAAGAGUGGGAAAAGAAGCUUAAUGAUGUCAAAAUUAGGAAAGAAGACAUGAAUAAAUUGGUGAUGAACUUUCUUGUCACUGAAGGUUAUGUUGACGCUGCUGAGAAAUUUCAGAAGGAAUCUGGAACUAAACCAGAUAUAGAUCUUGCAACCAUUACAGAUCGAAUGGCUGUUAAGAAGGCUGUGCAAUGUGGAAAUGUUGAGGAUGCGAUUGAGAAAGUGAAUGAUUUAAAUCCCGAGAUACUGGACACAAAUCCGCAACUGUUUUUCCAUCUCCAGCAACAGAGAUUGAUAGAACUGAUUCGGAAUGGCAAAGUAAAUGAGGCUUUGGAGUUUGCCCAGGAGGAACUUGCGCCAAGAGGAGAAGAAAAUCAAAGCUUUUUAGAAGAAUUGGAGAGGACUGUUGCACUGCUGGCUUUUGAAGAUGUUUCUAGCUGCCCUGUUGGAGAACUAUUGGACAUUUCACAGCGCCUGAAGACAGCAAGUGAGGUGAAUGCAGCUAUCCUUACAAGCCAGAGCCAUGAAAAAGAUCCAAAGCUUCCAAGCUUGUUAAAAAUGUUGAUAUGGGCUCAGAACCAACUUGAUGAGAAAGCUGCUUAUCCUCGGAUAAACGAUUUAUCUACUGCCAUGCUUGAAGACCCUGCAGUUUGA